AUGACUGACGAAAAAAUGAAACGUUUCCACGUUCAUCGUCUCACUGUCGAACAAGCAAUGCUACCAAUGAAUAAUAUUAAUAGAUUGAAAACAUUUUUUACACCAAAUGACAUAAAACUGUCUGUUAUUGAUUCGUCAUCAUCAAAUAUUUCAGAUAACCUACUUCAUAUCGAUGAUCUUGUACGAGUUUAUGACAAAAAGGAACAAAUACCGAAUGCCAAAGAAGUAGAAAAACCUGAACGUAUUGAAGGAAACGAAAUUCAAAUAAUACGUUUAAUGUUAUCAACGGCAUUUGCUAACAAUGAAAAUAGUCAAAAGACGAUUAGUUCUUCGGAAAAAAAAUUAAUACAAAACGAACAUUCAAAUUGGAUACCUAUCGAAGGAAUGAUGAAUAAUAUUACUCAUUAUAGUUCUGGUUCAUCACCUAUGCAGAGUAGUCAUCACACAACACCAAUUCUUAGCGAUACACACCUACUUUACGAUGAAGAAAACGAUGUUAGUGAUCACGAAAUUCGCUAUGUAUUAUCAUUGUACGAUUUUAUCGAUGAUAAUAUUGAUGAAAACGAUACGGAUCACUCUGAUCAAUUUAUUGAUAAUUUUUUCAUUCACACUCCAGAUACAUAUAAUCCACAAAUUAAACCUUCUCAAUUAGGUCAACUUGUUUAUUCAUACAUGUUACCAUCGUUGAAUUCUGUAGGAACAUCGGAUUUGACUAAUCAAGAAAAUUAUUUGCAAGAUUCGAAAAAAAUAUCAAACGCUAAUCCAAACUAUCGAUCAUAUAAAACUCGAACGACAGAAGUGCUUUAUUAA